AUGCCGCUUGCCAUAACGCUCACCUCCCCACACACCGCAGCUUUAACACACAUCCCGCCGCCUCAACUCCGCCCCGGCACCAUCCUCGUGCGCCCUAAAGCCGUAGCACUCAACCCGACGGACAUCAAAAAGAUCUCCAGCGCAGCCUCCCCGCUGCACCUCCCUCUGGGCUGCGAUUACGCGGGCACUGUCCUCUCCAUCGAUCCAUCCACCUCCACCACCACCGACCCUCCAUUCCAACCAGGCGACCGCGUCUUCGGCUUCAUCUCGGGCUGCAACCCAGCGCACCCGUCCGACGGGGCCUUCUCAACGGCAACGCCCGCCAUAACCGCCCUCCAACUCCCAAUCCCCGACCAUCUCUCCUACACCGAAGCCGCAACCCUGGGCAUCGCCCUAACAACCAUCGGCCAAUCGCUCUACCAAACCCUCAACCUUGCUGCCCCCGAAACCCCGCUGUCAACCCCGUCCCCGAUCCUCAUCUAUGGCGGCUCCACAGCAAUGGGCACCAUGGCCAUCCAAUUCGCCAAACUCUCCGGCUACAAAGUGUUCACCGUGUGCUCGCCGCAUAACUUCCCCCUCGUGCGCUCCUACGGCGCAGACGAGGUCUUCGACUACCGGGACCCGGGCGCCGCGAUGCGCAUCAAUGAGUUGACGGGCGAUCGAUUGGAGCUGGUGAUGGAUACGGUUGGCGGGACUGCGGCGGUGGAGUUCUGCGGGACUGCGAUGUCGAGUUUGGGAGGUGAGUUCGCGACUCUGUUGGAGGAUACGGUCGUUCCCAGGGAGAAUGUACGGAGUCGCGUGACCGUCGCGUAUACGGCUAUGGGCGAGGAGGUGGUGCUGGGUGGUCAUAGGAUUCCGGCCAGAAGAGAGGAUUAUGAGUUUGCGGUGGGUUGGUUGCGCAGGGUUUGGCCGUUUGUGAGGGAUGGCAGGGUUAAAUCCCAUCCGGUGAAGGUUGGGGCCGGGGGUCUGCGUGGGUUGGUGGAGAAGGGCUUUGAGGAGAUGAGGGAGGGGAGGGUUAGUGGGGUGAAGUUGGUUUUUGAGGUUGAGGAUCAUGAGGAUGAGUAG